AUGGUUUCUCUUAAUCCUUCUUCUUCUUCUGCUUCUUCUUUCGGGGCGUAUAUACCAGCUUCGUUAUCGAUUUCGCCAAACGAGAACAACAAAACCGGAGAUCGCUUGAUGAAUAUUGGAUUGCCAAACGAGAUGAUGAAAUCAUCGGUGGGGCCCACCGGCAAGAUCAAGAAAGGCGAGAAGAAAGCAAGAAAGCCGAGAUUCGCCUUUCAGACGAGGAGUCAAGUCGAUAUACUCGAUGAUGGAUACCGGUGGAGAAAGUACGGGCAGAAGAAAGUGAAGAACAACAAUUUCCCUAGAAGUUACUACAGGUGCACGCAUGAAGGAUGCAACGUAAAGAAGCAAGUGCAACGACUAUCGAGAGAUGAGAGUGUUGUAGUCACGACUUAUGAAGGAGUGCACACGCAUCCCGUGGAAAAACCCAUCGAAAAUUUCGAGCAAAUCCUCAAUCAGAUGCAUAUCUAUCCUAUUGUGAAUUAG